AUGCUACGAGCUGCAAAGCACAUUGCACGGUCCACGACGUUUGCCUAUGGCUAUGGAGCACGUUUUGCCUCGAUUAAUGGUAACCAGGUUCGUGCUGGCAUGGCGCUCGAGAUUGACGGCAAAAUCUACCGUGUGGGUAAAAACCAGCACGUAAAACCUGGCAAGGGUGGAGCAUACGUCCAGGCGGAGCUAAAGGAGAUCAAGACUGGAGCCAAGAUGAACCGUCGUUUCCGCGCUGCAGAGACCGUGAACAAGGCACCUCUGGGACCAGACGAGCCGUUUCAGUUCUUGUAUUAUAACGGGGACCACCUCGUUGUCAUGUGCAACAAGACGUUUAAUCAGAUGGAGAUUGAGCGCGAUCUUUUUUCAGGUCGACAACUCGACUUUUUGCAGGAAGGGAUGACAUUAUCGUUGCAGAUCAUCGAGGGUGACGUCCUGUGGGCUAAUAUGCCCGAGCACGUGGUGCUCGAAGUGACGGUAAGAAAACUACCCCCGAAAGGUGUGGCGGAUACGGCGCUGAGCGUGAAAGACGCAACACUAGAGAAUGGCGCCAUUGUAAAAGUGCCUUUGUUUGUCGAGAUUGGCAGGAAGGUCAAGGUAUCUACGGAGGACGGCUCAUACAUUGACAAGCUGUAA